AUGACAAUAGAUCUAAGAUACGUUGAAGGCUUUUUAUGCAAUUUGGCUUUGAAGAAAAUUGGUCCAAUUAUCAAGACUAAAUCUGGUACUCAAAGUGAAUAUGAUUUGAAGACUGGUUCUAGACAGGUAGAUAUUGUUACUGCUAUUGAUAAAGAAGUAGAAAAACUUAUAUGGGAUUCCUUAAAGGUUGAAUUCCCAACCUUUCAAUUUGUAGGCGAAGAAGGUUAUGUCAAAGGUGUCACUAAAAUUACGAACGAACCUACUUUCAUUGUUGAUCCAAUCGAUGGUACGACAAACUUUGUCCAUGACUUUCCGUUCAGUUGCACUUCAAUGGGAUUGACUAUUAAUAAAGUUCCCGUCGUAGGAGUAAUUUAUAAUCCUCAUUUGAAUUUACUGAUAUCUUCCUCCAAAGGAAAUGGUGUUAGACUGAAUGGAGAAGAUUUUGAUUAUAAGACAAAGAUUCAAUCAAUGGGUACACUAAUUAUUAACAAGUCCAUAGUAGCACUACAACCUGGUUCUGCAAGAGAAGGUAAUAAUUUCAAAACAAAGAUGAGAACAUACGAAAACCUGUUAUCUGCAGAUGGUGGAUUUGUUCAUGGUUUCAGAAACCUUGGAUCAUCGGCAAUGUCUCUAGCGUACAUUGCUUUGGGAUAUUUGGACAGCUACUGGGAUGGAGGUUGUUAUUCUUGGGAUGUAUGCGCCGGUUGGUGUAUUCUAAACGAAACUGGUGGUAGAAUUGUUGGCGCUAAUAAUAAUGAAUGGGAUAUUCCAGUUGAUAAUAGAACUUAUUUUGCUGUCAGGGGUACUUCUGAUCCAACAAAGAAGGAUCAAGAGAAAUACAUUACCCAAUUUUGGAGUAACGUUGGUGGUGUUCUAAAAUAUGAUUAA